AUGAAUGGUUACGUGUUACUGUUGCAUACAGAUAAAGAUGAAGGGGAAGAAUACAUGCUGUAUUCAUACCCACAUACAAGUAUGAGGAUAAAGCAGUUUCAAAAGCUGAAAGGGGUCUUUCUGGCAUGCUCAGGUGUCACUUCAACUAUCUUAGGCGAACCAGCCAAGAUAUUUUCGUUUAAGAUCAAUGAACGUAAUGAGGAAAAUAGGUAUGGGGCUAUUGGAAAUCUGAAGUUCCAGAGUAAGGUCAAAGCUAAAGAUAUGAUGCAUAACAGUCAGGGGUAUUAUAAAGCAGCCUUUGGAUGCUCAGAAAUUAAUAAGUUACUUGUAACAGUCAUUCUUCCAUCUUCAUACCCAGACCAGGUCUGCAUCUAUGCUGCUGAAGAGUGUAAAUAAUUUCAUUGAAACCUUCUAUACACAUAGUUUGAUCUACUUCUUGGAAAAUGAAGAACUUCAAAUCAAAGAAGAAGAUGAGAAGGAAAAUGAAGGUGAAGGAGCUGAUCCUGUCAAUGAACAACUCAAGCAGAAGAAGAAAGAGAAGAAGGAAGAAGAGUAUGCUACAAAAAGAAAAGCAGCUCUUGAGAAACUAGAUUCCAUAUUUGAUACAGUCUUUUAUCAACUUAUACCUUUUUCAUCUAAGUUAGAAGAUUUUGAGAGGUCUCCAAUUGGAUCUCCACAGAUUAUCAGCUCGAUAUUAGGAUUCCAUCCUGAUAACAAAUGCCCAUCUCUUGCAUCUCUAGAACUUUCAGAAAAACUUGAAAUAGAUUUAUCUGAGAUUACAAAUGCUCUUAAUGACGACCAGACAAAUAUUUUGAGCGCUUUUGAUCCUACAACUCAAAUUGAAGGCGCAAUUUUGAUGUACAAAGGAUAUACAGUGUUCAACCAACUCGAGAAGGUCUAUUUAGAACCUGUCGGAAGGGUCAUCAUGCUGUACAACCUCUUCGAGCACGAUAGCAGUCGUGCAGAGCGAGGAGUGGUAGAGGUCGUCCAAGUUGACAAAAAGUAUGCUCACAAACUAGACAUGCCUCAUACUCUUCUUGAUGAUCAUAAUGAAUUUACCAAUGACAAUAAAGAAGUUAUUGAGGAUGAACUUUUGUUUGAAGAAUCAAAAGAGAAUGUAGAAGAUUCUUCUAGACCAAGCAAUCUUGGAGAUCCCUUCCUAAACUUGUAUAGUAAGGAAAAAUAUGAAAAUGCGAAGAGAAAAGACAAGAUUGCAGAAUCUGAGGGUAAAGUAAAGAAAAUAGUAGUGGCUAUUGCUAGAGGUGAAAUGGUCCUUGCAGUAGUUCUCCAUAUUGUAUUCAAAUUCUAUGGAGGAGAAUAUGACCCAUUGUAUGUUGAAAGAGUCAAGCAGACUCUUUUCAUGCUUUAUGAUGAGAAGCUGACUAACAUCAUUGAUCAGAAUUUCCAUGAUUCCUCACUAUCAACUCCUUACCAUUCUGCAAAGUUUAUGAAUUCUGCACCACCAAUUCAUAUGAGAGUUCCUAAAAAGAGUUCAUCCAAGAGAGGUAUUGAAGGCUCUAAAGACAAGGUAGAUGAGAAUUUAAAGAAUGUUUUUGACCAACCAAGAGUUUCCUUAGUCAGAAGUAGCGAAUUACUCAGUCACGACAUUAUUCAGAAUAAGUCAAUCACUAAUAUCAAUCAGAGGAUUAGUGAAAAUUCAAGUAUUGCAGACCAUUCUCUGGGUAUUGAUGAAGAGGAAAAGGCCAGCAUGAAUAUGACCAUGAAAUCUCCUCUUGAUCCUCAAGAUUUUGCAAAUAGAGGAAGAAACAACAGUGCUGAAAGAAGUGUAACACAGAAGCAUUCUCAGUUCAAAAGAUCGAACUCAGCUGCAAGAAACAGUAGAGAAAGUGCUAGAGGGAGAGGGAUUGGAGAACUUAUGAAAAUUAAUCCUAUUUCUCUGCCUUUAUCCAAAGGAAAGUUGUAUCAUUAUUUAAUGCUAAAUGAAAAUAUUGGGCAGAACAUCAAUCCCCCAAUUAAGGCUUCACCUAAUUGGUUUGGACAAGUUUACAAGAGUAUUUUCAGGACAUAUUGCUACUUGAAUCCUGUUCUAAAUAUCUCAGAUAUCUUUAAGAAAGAUCCUCAGAAGCAUACUUCUGAAAGAAUAAGAGAAGCCCUGAUCUCAGACUCUCAGAAUGGGAAUGAAUAUAUCUUUGAAGAUAUCAUGGCUUGUGUAAGAGAAUAUGAUGUAGAGAGUCAUGACAUCCUUGAACAAAAAGAGCAAUUUAGCUCUCUCAAUAAAUUACUGAAGAUCAAAGAAAUUGGGAGUCAGGUUAGAAUUCCUAUAAGCAAUGUCUUCAAUCAAGAGCCUUACUCUAAUUUUUGGGUAGUCGCUUCUACAGCUGCUAUCAAUAAAGAUCCUGAUGAGGGAAGUAUGCUGAUUCAGUAUGAUGAAGAACCCUAUAAUAGAGAUCUGGAGUCUGAAAGAGAAGAGUAUACCACUAAUUUUGUGGCUUAUGACAACACCCAAGUUGUUGAAUCUCGCUCAGUAUUACUCUCUCCUAAGCGUGGUAAAGAUUUACGUAUGAAUGUGAAGAAUCCUCCUUUGCCAAGCCAGAUAUUAAAUGCUUUCAAAUAUAGACUUGAGAUCUAAUAACUGUGAAAUCCAGAUUCAAUCUUAAA